AGGCGCCCAGGCGGCGGGAGCUGCGUCUCGGCCACAGGCGCAGUCCGGGGCGGACCGGGAUCGCUGCCCGUGGCUCCUGGGCAACAUGAGUGGCUCACGGGGAGGCGUCUGGCUGGCGCUGGCCGCGUCGCUGCUGCACGUGUCCCUGCAAGGCGAAUUCCAGAGAAAGCUCUACAAGGAGCUGAUCAAGAACUACAACCCCUUGGAGAGGCCGGUGGCUAAUGACUCGCUGCCGCUCACCGUCUACUUCUCCCUGAGCCUCCUGCAGAUCAUGGAUGUGGACGAGAAGAAUCAAGUUUUAACCACAAACAUUUGGCUACAAAUGUCUUGGACAGAUCACUAUUUGCAAUGGAACGUGUCAGAAUACCCCGGCGUGAAGAAUGUUCGUUUCCCAGAUGGCCAAAUUUGGAAACCAGACAUUCUUCUCUAUAACAGUGCUGAUGAGCGAUUUGAUGCCACGUUCCACACCAAUGUCUUGGUGAAUGCUUCUGGGCAUUGCCAGUAUCUCCCUCCAGGCAUAUUCAAGAGCUCCUGCUACAUUGACGUGCGCUGGUUCCCCUUUGACGUGCAGCAAUGCAAACUGAAGUUUGGGUCCUGGUCCUAUGGAGGAUGGUCCUUGGACCUGCAGAUGCAGGAGGCAGAUAUCAGCAGCUAUAUCCCCAAUGGAGAGUGGGACCUCAUGGGAAUCCCUGGAAAGAGGAAUGAAAAGUUCUAUGAGUGUUGCAAAGAGCCAUACCCAGAUGUCACCUAUACUGUGACCAUGCGUCGCAGGACGCUCUACUACGGCCUCAACCUGCUCAUUCCCUGUGUGCUUAUCUCUGCUCUAGCCCUGCUGGUGUUCUUGCUCCCUGCAGACUCUGGAGAGAAAAUCUCCCUUGGAAUAACAGUCUUGCUCUCCCUUACUGUCUUCAUGCUGCUUGUGGCUGAGAUCAUGCCUGCUACAUCUGAUUCAGUGCCCUUGAUAGCACAGUACUUUGCCAGCACCAUGAUCAUCGUGGGCCUGUCUGUUGUGGUAACAGUGAUUGUACUGCGGUACCACCACCAUGACCCCGACGGUGGCAAAAUGCCCAAGUGGACCAGGAUCAUCCUUCUGAACUGGUGUGCAUGGUUCCUGCGUAUGAAGAGGCCUGGAGAAGACAAAGUCCGCUCAGCCUGCCAGCACAAGCCUCGCCGCUGCAGCCUGGCCAGUGUGGAGCUGAGCGGAGGCGCGGGGCCGCCCACCAGUAAUGGCAACCUGCUCUACAUCGGCUUCCGAGGCCUGGAGGGUAUGCAUUGCGCCCCAACUCCAGACUCCGGGGUCGUGUGUGGACGCAUGGCCUGCUCCCCGACACACGAUGAGCACCUUCUUCAUGGUGGGCACUCUGCUGAGGGGGACCCCGACCUGGCGAAAAUCCUAGAGGAGGUCCGCUACAUCGCCAACCGCUUCCGCUGCCAGGACGAGAGCGAGGUAGUCUGUAGCGAGUGGAAGUUCGCUGCCUGCGUGGUGGACCGCCUGUGCCUCAUGGCCUUCUCCGUCUUUACCAUCAUCUGCACCAUAGGCAUCCUCAUGUCAGCCCCAAACUUUGUGGAGGCUGUGUCCAAAGACUUUGCAUAAUGUUUCUAUAGGGGAAGUGCACCGAUAGGGGAAGUGUCUGGAGGAUAAGAACUGACCUGCUAUACUGAGCUAAAUGGAAUGAUUCUGACGUGUCCCUGUGACUGUCAGUCUUGGGGGUUACUUUACUGGUUACUGUCACUAAAAAUAUCACAGCACCUUUUACUUUAUCCUUUCUGGUGUGUAGCACUGGCACAUCCUAAUGCUCAUUUGCCCACUAAGGACUGGCCUGCCGGGAGAUCUCAGUACUCUAAUCUCAGUGGAGGCCUGUUCAGUUGGUUUUGCAUGCCUGCAUGCCCCCUGCCACAGAACCACACAAGAAUUCACUGUGUGUCUGUGCCAUGCGCAGACGUAGACCAAAACUAAUCUUGCUGAGACACACUCUCUGAGUCCCAUUCUACCAACUGGUUUGUGAAAGAAAAACAAACUAAAAAAUUUAAACUAAAACCUCUCUGCUGGUUUUUCUACAACUGAAAUUCUCCCCUCCGCCUUCUAAUGACAAUUUUUUUGCCAGAAAGAAAGUUGGCCUUCUAAAUAAUGUUUUGACCAAGCUGAUUUCUGUAAAUCUGUACUGCAUGUAAUCAGUACACAGAUUGCAUAAGUUCUGAACUAGAAUCUGUCCCUGCUGAAAGUAUUUGGGGGCUUUGGUCCCUGUAGAUCCCAGGUGACUCCCAAGCUUCAUGCUUCCCCUAGGCCUAAGUAGUUAAGCAUAUGUUGUAUUACGCAAAACUCAAAGGGCAAAUAGAGCACUGAGCAUUAUCAGUCCAAAGGAAUUACUGAAGCUGAGCUAAACCCUUUUGUGUGUUUUUGGAAAACAAGAAUAUGUUAGAUGCUUCUUGUGUCAGAGUUGACUAGUCUUGAAAGUUUAUGCAUCCAGGCGAAUGCACACCAUUGUGUGAACAUAUCCCAUGACUUUUACACCCUUAUAUCAGGGCUGGGCAUAGGCAGAUUAGACCUCUGUGGCUCCUGUGUGGCAGGAGCUGGGAAGAGGCAGUGUAGGCCUAGCUUGUAGUAGUAACAGGGUUUGGCUUCUGGGAAUGUGCCUCCCCAUGGCUUUUUCUCCUCAGCUUCUGGCGCAAAGCCGGCUUGGGGGUCAGUGUCUGGAUUCAUUGGAAAUGUGUAGGUUUUGCUGUUGUUGUUUGUCUGAGAUAGUGUCUUGCUAUGUAGCCCAUCCUGGCCUUAAACUUGAGAUCCUCCUCUCUCAGCAUCCAGAGCCAGAGAUAACAUUCUGAAGGCAAGAACAAUUUUGAAAACAUUCCACUUAGAUGCUUACUGACAGUGAUCUCUUAGUUUUUAAAAUAAGAAUGUGAAUGAGUUCAGAGGGUACUUCACCAAGAAAAACUUUUGCUGUUUGUAUUAGUUACUUUUCUUGUUGUGAUAAAAUACCAUGACCUACAGCAACUUACAGAAGGAAGAGCUUAUUUGGCUUUUGGUUCCAGGCAGAGUAAGAGUCCAUCAUGGUGGAGGAGGCAAGGCAGCAGAAGUGGCCAGAUCAGAAAGCUGACCUUUUAUAUCUUCAAGCAAGCACAGGAAGCAGAGAGAGCAAAACUGCAAGUAGGAGAAGGCAAUGAACUCCCAAAGCCCACUCCCAGUGGCAUACUUCCUUCACCAAAACCGUACCUCCUGAAGGUUCCAUGACCCUCCCUAGAUAGCACUGCCAACUGACCAAGUAUUCAAAUAUGGGAGUUUGGGUGGGGGGCAGUUCUCAUUCAAACCACCACACUAUUCUGUUUUGCAUUCAGUAACAUCUCAGAGCUUGAAACUGCACCAAGCUUCUGAGCUGCCAGAGACCUUGAAUUAUUCUUCUAACUCCUGAGAUGGGCACAUCACGAGGGAAGAUUAGAUUUCUCAGAGCAAAAGAAAUCGCAUACCUUUUUGCAGGCAUCCAUUUCACUGGAGGAAGAUGAAGGUUUUGUGUGUUCUUUGCAUGUAUGUGCACAUAUGUGUGUAUGUGUGUGUGUAUGCAGCAUAUGCAUGUGACUGAAGGCAGGAGACAGGGUGUACAAAAAGGGGGUGGAUAAAUCAGGACAUUUUAUUGAUUUCAACAUUCACCAUCUGGAGCAGGGUCAUUUUCAGAAUCCAUCUGCUAUACAUGGUAUGAACAAAUGAUACAUGUUUUCCUAUUGCUUUAUUUUUUGAUUGAAGUAACUAGAAAGAAAUGAGAGUGUUUUGAUGCCUCAAGACCAGGCUUCAUUUCUUAUUGUUAGUUCAAAAUUGAUCACAGGCCUUUGUUUUGCCUAUCUCAAUAAUAGUGUCAUUUAUGAAAAUAAUGAUAAAGGAUAGCUGUGCACAUAGCUAGAAAGUAUGUAUGAUCAAGCACAGCCUCCUUAGUCCCACUACCUCUUCUCUUUCUCCACAGAGGGCCAUGUAUGAAUUUUUAGAGACAUUUUUAGAGGGGAAGAGGGGAAGGUUGGGAACUGGAGAGGGAAGGAGAAGGGCAUGGAAAGACCUUGUGUUGUUUAUCUAACACUCAGGCUAUGCAAGGUGCUUCGCACUUAGUGUUUUGUCCUAGACAUCUUUCCAUAAUGGCAUGAAGGUCUACCUCAGUCUUCACAAUAACUCGUUAGGGCUCCAUUCCAUUAGUGUGCCAAAAUUUAAUUGAUUAGCAUUUUAGUGAUGAGCACAUAGUUACAGAAUUUCCAAUUUUAUUUUUAUACACGUCUAUAGUUAGCAUUCUGGUGCAUAACCCUUGCUAUACUUUCAUGACUAUACCUUGGUAUAAAUCCCAGUUUAGAAAAUGGAUGUACUGGAAAAUGGAUGUAAGGCUAUAUGCGUUUAAAUGACUGAUAUAUGCUGUCAGAUUGUCCUCCAUGAAUGGAUCAAUAGAUACCCCAUCCACAGUACAACUGAAGGACCAGGUUCUCAGCUUUCUAGUGCUGAAUAUUUUCAGUUUUUUUUCCUCCCUAUCUGACUGAUAAAAAUGAUAAUGCAAUUAUUCUGAUUUUAGUUUCAUUUUACUAUGUGAAGUUGAACUUCUUUUCAAAUAUAUUUUGGUAAUUUAAUUUUUGUAAAAUUUGUAUCAUUUAUAUAAAUUUCUCUUGGGUUAUUUGUCUUUUUCCCAAUUUGUUUUUGUACCUCAGGGCCUCUCUGUUCCAGGUCUUGAGAGUAUUUUUAUUUUCCAUUUGUUUUUUGAUGUUAUUUAUUGGUUGCUUAUUUAUUGACUUAAAGAAAAUUUGAAGUUUUAUGUUGUAAAUUUAUUCAUGUGUUCCUUUGUUGAACCCAAGAUUGGCCUCCAGUUUUUAAAAAGACCUUCCCCAUUCU